CUCGCAUACCUUUCCAGCUUCUGCAUCACCUUAACCUUGGUACUUGUGCUGGCUAUACCUAGGAGCUAGAGAUCCUAAAUACAUUCUAAUGUCCUAAAAGUACCUCUUUCCCAAAACAUUUCCCGUUAUUUCCUUUAUUCAAUAUUUUCUUUCACCGUCUAAGAAAUUAAUCAAAUCAAAUUAGAACUCUCAACCUAUAUCAGCAGAAUCUAUUCCAACUUCACCUGCGCAAUUACAUAUCUGAACGGGAAGAAAGGUCAAAAAUUCUCUCGUCUCCCACAAUGGCAGGAGACUACGCUUCCGAAGAGCUGCCUCAGCCUUUUGACGCGAAGCAUCUCGAACCCGCUAAAAGGCACAAGCAUUCACGAUCUCCCAGCAGCAGUAGCAAUAGCAAGCGCCGAGAAAACGAUGCAGGCGGACCUCCCCUUGACGAACUACCUCAACCAUUCGAUGCCAAAAAGCUCGAACCGGCCAAGAAACGACAGCGCUCUAGAUCACCAUCCGAUGCGCCCCGGAAGCUGAAACGUCCCGGUCGCGGUGCGCGCUUCUCUCAAGCAGAAUCAUCGUCUAUCCGCCAGCGCCACGAGCAGCGCGAGCGCGAAGCCGCCGAAGUCGCAGCCACGCAGGCCGUGCUAGAACAGAGAGGCAUCAACGACGUUGUCCGACAGCAUUACAACGCCGUACCAGAAAGGGGUCGCGACUGGAGAAAGACGGACAGCAGAAUCAAGGGGCUUAGAUCAUUUAACAAUUGGGUCAAGAGUACAUUGAUACAAAAAUUCUCUCCCGACGAAGACCACACGCCUGGCGCUCACGAACGAGGGCGCGAUAUGGCUGGCGCUAGGGAUCACGAGCUGCUUGUCCUCGAUAUCGGAUGCGGAAAAGGUGGCGAUCUAGGUAAAUGGCAGCAGGCCCCACAGAGAGUUGAGCUAUACGUAGGGUUAGACCCUGCCAAUGUUUCCAUCGAUCAGGCGAAAGAACGAUACCGUAAUAUGACCCAUCGUGGCGGCGGGCGGGGUGGCAGGGGCGGCCAUAGAGGUGGGCGCCAUCAGCCUCCGCCGUUCGAAGCUCGCUUCUACGUCAAAGACUGUUAUGGCGAGUCUAUUGGUGACAUAGACAUCAUUCGGCAAGUUGGGUUCGACCAUUCGCCCAUGGGGAGGAGCGGAUUUGAUAUAGUCAGUAUGAUGUUCUGCAUGCAUUAUGCCUUUGAGAGCGAAGAGAAGGCCCGGAUGAUGCUUCAGAACGUAUCUGGGGCCCUGAAGAAAGGCGGGCGCUUCAUAGGUUGUAUACCUAACUCGGAUGUGAUCGGCGAUAGAGUCGUAAAGUUCAACGAGUGGUUCGCGAAAAAGAAGAAAGGCGAGACGACCGAAAAUAAGGACGCUUCAAACAAGGAAGAUAAUGAGGAUAAGGAGGAAGAGGAGGGCGAGGUUGAGGAGACGGCCGAGUGGGGCAAUGAUCUCUACCGGGUCAGAUUUCCCGGCAAAACUCCCGAGGACGGUAUCUUCCGGCCUCCGUUCGGAUGGAAGUACAGCUUCUUCCUCGACGAAGCGGUAGAGGAGGUCCCGGAGUACGUCGUGCCUUGGCCAGCAUUCCGUGCUAUAGCAGAGGACUAUAACCUCGAGCUACAGUACCAUCAGAGGUUUGAUGAGAUCUGGGAGGCCGAGAAAGAUGACCAUAUACUGGGUCCCCUAAGCGAACGUAUGGGGGUUCGUGAGAGGGGGAGGGGACCACUUCUGGUUUCGCCUGAAGAGAUGGAAGUUGCCAGCUUCUAUCUAGCCUUCUGCUUCUAUAAAGUAUAGGUAUAUUCUUUCGAUAGGCGAGAAGAUUCAGCUUAGGCGGUUCGUGGAUGACACGCCUACCAGAGACAUGGAAUAACCUCUUGCAACGUGCAAGGUGUUUAGGUGGUACCUGAGGGCAUCAACCAAAAAUUUCAAAGCCAUGAUAAAAGGACGACAGUAUAGCAAUGCAAUAAAUGCUUCGAAGCUCAUAUAUCGCGUAGCGAAUUAUAUAUUCCCUGGAGCGAUUCUUACUAGUGUAUCUCACUCAUAUAAGGAGUAACUAAUUGAUAAUAUCUACCAACGCAUCUACCAACGCUUGUCAUACCCAACCAUCUCUCAAGGAAUCAUCAAGGCUGCCUAGGUAGAUGUUUCCCCAGCGUCUAAUACAGUAGGCUAUCACCUCACAUCAUCAUAUACCCACUUGCUGCAUCCGGA